AUGUACGGGGUGCGGACCAGUUCCCCACCGCAUCCCAUUCCGUUUACAUUUCUGUCUGCUGGGCCGACAACCGAUGAUCUUCAACGGAACCUUGGUCACAACCUAAAGGAUGGCGGAGAUCGACGACGGUUCGAGAAGGUACAAAUGUCCCAGCUGUUUGAGGUCCUUCAAACGGAAGACCUCGCCACACGGCAUGAGAAGACACUUCAUGUUGACCAGUACGCCCCGCCAGACCGCACACACCAAGAAAGUCCCCUGGCUGGAUCACGGCUGGUGUCACCGCCGUCCGGUCCUACGCCGUCGCCGUCGUCGUCGCAGCUGGCAGUGGAAGUCGAGAGCCAGACUGGCACAGUGACGGCGUCUCAACCAGCCGAAGACCACCCAGAGGCACAAGCAUGGACUUCGCUGCUUGGUUUGGAUGGGUUUGACCCCUUUCCUAAUGACUCCUCUCUCGACGGGCUCUCUUUUCUCGGCUCCUCGGCCGCGGAUGCUUUCCCUCUGGACGCCAUGGACUUUUCCGUGCUGGAUGAGCCAUCCGCUGCUCGUCAGAGUCUAUCAUCAGGCAACGAUUUUCGCAUCCCGCCCACAUCCGCGAGAAACAGGCCCUGGAUUCCACCAUCUCCCGAGACCGAGGGUCGUGUGGACAGUCCCCAGCCCUGGCCUCCACCAUUGCCAAGUCUGGGACCGGAACCGUCGCCAGUCCGCAUCUCCGACGCUGUUGUUUCGAGUAUGAGGAGCCUGCUCGGCGAAGAAGACCGCCAGGCUCCGACGCCAGCAGCGCUGCGUCUCUUCCUGGGGACGUACUUCGAGGUGUUCAACGUCCACCUUCCCCUGAUACAUGUGCCAUCUUUCGACUGCAAUUCCCAACCGCCGGGGCUCCUCCUCGCGAUGGCUGCCACUGGGGCGCUGUACCGGCUGGAGCGCCGUGCCUUUGCUCUUCUGUACAGCGCGGCCGACGAAGCGGCACCCAUUGGCGCCACCAUCCACGCCGGCUCUUUCCACCGCAGUGAGCGCGGCACCUCCUUGGAGCCUACAACGCCCGGGAGGUGGAAUGGCCUGGCUUACUACCAGACGCGGCUUCUCCUGCAGUAUGUCGGCAUCUUGGGCGGCAAGCCGGAGCUCGCCGAGCGCUCCCUAGGCAUGAUCGCAGAGCUACCACUCAGUUUAUACCGGACCUCGGCACGGCAGUUGAAACUUUCGGGCGGCAUAAGUGACGCAGACCUCACAUGGGCCAGCUGGCUGGAUAGAGAAUGCACGAAACGGACAUUAUAUGGUGUCUGGCACCUCAGCGACUUCGUGGCGUCAACGUUUGGCAUAGCGCCUCCCCUGACGAUAGGCCACGACGGGCAGCUCGAAUUGCCCUGCUCGGAGGCACUGUGGCAGGCCCGAAACGAGACAGAGUGGAAGGAGGCCAGACUCAAAGACAUCGACCACGGCAGAAGCGCUACCACGACUGUCAGAGAGGCAUGUGCACUGCUGGUGGGCGGCAGCGACCAAGAGUCGCCGCCGCCGAUCACCGACAUCACCGCGCUACAAUGGUCGCCGUUCGCAGUCGUCUCGAUCAUGCACAUCCUCUCCACACAGCUCUGGCAUAUGAACCACGGGUCGCUUUCGGGGCUCACAUCUGCGAAGCCGGGCUCCCCCCUAGCCCCCGAGUCUGCAGAAGGGGAAGCACAGAUGAGUGUGGCCAAACUCUUUGCCGUCGGGCGCCGCUGUCAUGACCUCAUCAGGGCAUACAGCGAUGACAUCGAGCAAGGCGGCAACAAGAACGCAGGCCGGCACGCCAAGGACGCCAAGUGGCAGCUCGCGAACGCGGCGGAUGUGCUACGCAUCUGCUACGGCAGGACCAUGCCGGCGCUGGCGCACCUCGACUGUGACUCUCUGCUUCGAGGGGGCCUUGGCGAUGUUACUCUGGCGAUCCAGGAGUUCGUGGCGGUGCCAUUGGAGCGGAACGCCGAGUUCACCCUGGCUGCGUCCAUGGCGUAUGAGGGGCUGUGCAUCCCCCUUCGAUAUGGUGCACACUUCUUCCGCAAAACCGGGGCUCUGAAUGGGAGUCUUGAGAAUCUGGUUGCUGGAUGGGACAGUGCAUUGCUGGUGUCAAAAUGGAUCCACAUCAUCUGUGCUGCACAGGCUCUCGGCACGGAGUUGGACAAAAAGGAGCGAGAGCUGCUCCAGAGCAUCUCUUCCAUGCUGCGGCAAGAGGAGACGGAGCCGGACGAGAGCUGCCCCCUCGCUGCGCGACUGCUGCGGUACUGGGCCGGCUUCUACGAUGAUACCUGGGUGUGGGGAGUCGCGCCGCGGAUGGCCGUCGUCCUCCGGAAGCUCGCGAGCGCGUACGAUUCUGGCCGGUAG